ACAGCAGCUCUCCACCUCCCCAUUUCUUCAUUCUUGCUUAGCUCGCUCCAUCAGAAACCUUUCUCAGCAGAUUAGCUUUCCAGCUCACAGCUCCAUCGCCUGACGAUUUCAAGAAUCAGCUUUUCUGAAUAUUGGUGUCGUGCUGCUGCUCCUAGUCCUCGCCUGCUGCUCCAUCGCCAUUCACGUCCCUGCUUCCAAUUCCUUUACCGUUGAUCUCAAUCCGAGCGCAGCUGGUGAAGCGUUGGGUGACCAAUUCAAGACUACAGCUGACUUGCAAUCAGGGAAAGCGGAUUCUGCAACUGAAGUGAAGAAAAUGGCGGCCUUUCCUGACGUGGUGGUGGUGGGAGGUGGCCUCGCGGGCCUGUCUGCUGCCGUGGAAGUCGUCAAGCGGGGUGGAUCCGUCCUGGUUCUUGAAAAGAGCGAAAGGCUUGGCGGGAACUCUGCCAAGGCGAGCUCUGGAAUGAAUGCUGCUCGCAGCGGUCCUCAGUUGGCCAUUGGGAUCGAGGACAAGCUGGAGGAUUUCACCAAGGACACGGAGAAGUCCGGCAAGGGCCUGUCUGACCUGGCGCUGGUGGACGUGAUCGUGAAGAACAGCGCCGACGCCGUCGCCUUCCUGCAGGGCUUUGAGAUCGACCUCUCCAGCAUUGCGCAGCUCGGAGGCCACUCGCAUCCGCGCACGCACCGCUCCAAGCCCGACGGCAAGCCCAUGAACAUCGGCUUCCGCAUCAUGUCCGUGCUUAUCAAAUACGUGGAGGCCCUCCCUGCCGACAAGGCCAAGGUGGUGAAGCAGGCUCGGGUGACUGCGCUUCUUACGGACGCCAGCGGCGCUGUCACCGGCGUCAAGUACGAGACUCCCGCUGCUGACGGAUCUGGCGCCAAGGAGGAGACCGAGGUGAAGGCAUCAGCAGUCAUCCUCGCGACCGGCGGUUACUCCGCGGACAAGGCGGAGGGCGGGCUGCUGGACACCCACACGCCCAAGCUGCGCAACCUCGCCACCACCAACGGGCCCUUCGCCACGGGCGACGGCGUGCGGCUGGGCGUGGCGGCGGGGGCGGGGCUGAUCCACAUGGAUCAGGUGCAGCUGCACCCCACGGGGUACGUGGACCCCAAGGACCCCCGCAACCCCGUCAAGUUCCUGGCUCCGGAGGCGCUGAGGGGAUGCGGUGGGAUUCUUCUCAACGAGAAGGGCGACCGGUUCGUCAACGAGCUCACCACCAGAGACGCAGUGGUGGAGGCGAUUCUGAAGUACUGCGGACCCCUCCCCGAGGUCCCCGGCGCACCAGCUGGCGGGGCGGACAUGCCUGCUGUAUCGUACCUCAUUCUGAGCCAGGAGGCGAUCAACAAGUUCGACCCGCUGUCGUGCCAGUUCUACAUCGGCAAGGGGCUCAUCCGGAAGUUUGACACCGUGGAGGCGCUGAGCGAGGGCACGAAGCUGCCCGCAGCGAACGUAAAGGCAGCUCUGGACUCAUAUGGCCGGCAUGACGCUGAGAAGGGCGACCCCUUCGGCAAGACCGUUUUCCCCGUGCUCUUCAAUUCUUCCGAGCCAGUGUACGUGGCCAUCAUCACGCCCUCGCUGCACUACUGCAUGGGCGGGCUCAAGUUCGACACCAGUGGCCACAUCCUCAAGGAGGAUGGCUCCCCCAUUCCUGGGCUCUUUGGCGCUGGCGAGGUCACAGGUGGGCUGCAUGGAGCUAACCGUCUGGGUGGAAACUCCCUUCUAGAGUGUGUUGUGUAUGGGCGGGUGGCUGGCAUCAGUGCGUUCGACCGCAUUGGCAAAUCUGCUGUGUAGUUGAGGCAAGAAAUGCCCAUUCUUGCUGGUUGGCUUGUUGGCAAACUAGGAUAUCCUUACCCUUGGAUGUGUCAUCCCUAGUUUGUAGUUCAAUGAUGUUUCAUGCAAGCCCAACCAGAAAAUACUGUGCCAUUCGGUAUGUUGGGAAGAAUGCUACUGUUCUAGACCUAGCAAGUGAACCCGAUUCCUAAAAGUAAUACAAAUGCGAUCGCAUCGGGGUUCGGGGGGGACCAUCGAUUUUCUCGUGUUCACAUAUUCGACAUGAAUCAGGAAAAGAAGGGGAGGUGACGAAAGCGCUACAGUACGGUGCCUUGCGUUCCUGGAACGGUGGAGAGCAGUUAC